AUGGCUGGCACGCGCAGCCCUUUGAAGCCUUCGCGAUCGCACCCGUGCGAUCUGGCCGAGGCGCCAGGCUACAGCAGGGCGGUGUUAUUGUCGGUGGUAGGUCGGUCUCCAGCGGGAGGCCUCGGCCCCACGCCCGUGGCACCGCCGCCCUGGCUGGGCCUCUUGGGCCGCAGCUCGGCCCAGGUGGUCGAGGAGGAAGUGCUCUGCCUGUGCGUCGUGCCCGGGACGGACCUUGUCGUCAGCGGCAGUGUGACGGCGCUGCUCACGGUGUGGGGCAGCUCGCGGUCCUGGGCCGUGGCCGCCGUGUGCGAGGGGCACAGCCAGCCGGUCUGGGCUGCCUGCUACCUUCACCAGGUCCACAAGUGCGCAAGCGGUGGGGAGGAUCACUGCGUCCGGAUUUGGAGCGCCGACACCUGGGAGUGCGAGCGGGUGCUCUGCGGCCACGAAGGCCGCGUUGCGGGGCUCUCCUUCGGCCAGCCGGGCUGGCUGCUGUCCUGCGGCAGCGACGGCACGGUGCGCGCGUGGGACUGCGGCGAGUGGAAGGAGGUUCGGGUCUUCGAUGACCAGCAGUGCGAGGCCAUCGUGGUCUACGGCGACGCGCCGCGCGCGCCGCGCGAGGAGUGCGCCUCGCCACCAGCGUGCGCCGUCGAGGGCCUCCCGCCCUCACGCGUCGAGCCCCUGCCCGCCGCGAGCGGCGCCGCCGCGGCGCCGCUGGCGGUCUGUCUCGAGGAGGUGCCCGCGCCGCCGGGCUGCCCCACGCAGGCGGCGCGCGCACGAAGGGCGAAGCUCGUGGCCGAGAUGGCGGAGAGCCCGCUUGCCAAGGUCUGCGAGGAGAUGCGCGCUGACCUGGCGGGCGGCGCGCCGGCGACGCCCCAGGAAAUCGUGCGGCAAGUCCAGGCGGCCCUAGAGGUUUCCAUGAAAGCGCAGAUCGACUCCCUGGGCACCACGCUCACGCAGACCUUCGCCACGCAGUUCGCGCAACUGUCCCAGGGGCUGGAGCGGAAGAUUGCCGAGCAGAACGCUGGCAUGACGGACAACAUCCUGACGCCGGUCAUGAUGAACAAUGUUACGCCGCAGUACCAUUGCAUCAGCCAGAGCUACUCCCUCACCUUCUCCAGCGAAGCCAUGGCGAAGGAGUGCACGGAGGUUUUCAACAACUCGGACAAUCAGUGGAUGGACCCGCGAGACGGAUCGAUGCACUACAUGAAGGCCAGAUCUGACCUGCCGAAAGACGUCAGGACCACACAGAGGGCGCUCAGCAAGGUAUGGGACCCCAUCAUCGAGCUAUUCGGAGCCCGCCCACGGUACACUGCAGGUUCGAAGCCCAUCAUCAACGGGUACAAGGGCACGAUUCACUGGUCAGAUGGGAAUGAUGUUUGGCCGCUGGUCAGCUGCUCGGACGUCAACCAUGCGUCGUUCACGUUCGACAUAGAUCAAGACACUGUCUCUUUCUUCUCCCUGGACACCGACAAGCUGAACAGGUUACAGACAGGGGCAAGCCCUCUGACCACGUUCCAGUCUUUCUUUGCCUGCAUGCUCCGCGGCCUGCAGUUGCAGGUCAAGGAGCGUCUCGCAUUUCAGAUCGGCGCCUUCGCCGACGACAUUUACUUCGUCGCACGCAACCUCUGCAAGACACUGCCGCAGGUAUUGGCAAGGCUUGUGUUGUCAGGCAAAGUAACUCGGCUCACGCUUAACUAUAAGAAAUGUGUCAUUGUUGUUCUGAAUUUGGUGGAGAAAAAGGAUGUCCUGGAGGCCUUCCGUGGUCGGGGGCUUGAUGUUUCCCGUUAUCAGAUUCAGAGGUCUGGCAAACUCCUGGGAAUUCAGGUCGGUGAGCGUGGUUUUCUUGACGCCUGGCAGCCUGUUGCAGUGAAAAUUAGGAGCAGGACAGAGGGCGCGCGGCGCCUGGGGCUGAGCUUCAUCCAGUCCGCGCAGGCUUUCAACACCUACGUCGUCCCUGUCACAUCGCAUGUUGGGCAGUUCUACCUGCCGUCUAAGGAAGACGACAACAGGACCCUAACGUAUAAGUGGAACCCGCACUUCCUGAAUUCUAUCUUCUGGAACAUGCUUAUCGAGUAUAGCCAGUGCAUCAGAAUCCCAGAUGCCCCGGUUGAAUUGGCCUUCGCAGAUUGGCUAAGCGUUUCACAGAUGGAGUACUACGCGUACAACUACUCGUUCACGAUUUCUCUACAUAGUCGCUACGCCGCUCAUUUUUCUGAUGUGAAGGUGCACGUGAUGGGCCCCGAUAUGAUGACCCAUAUUGUCUGCGAUGACUUCAAUGCUACGAACACGUGCGCGACGUCUAGGCUGGAGAUUCUUCGCAGCGGCGAGGCCGACCUGAUGCCGCUCGGCCAGUGCCUGAGGCGCUACAUGUGCUCGUACGCCCGGGCUUUCACGGAGGACGCGAGGGCUCUGGCUGAAGAGAUCCUGGUGCACGUGUGCGGGGAGAGCUGCUUCAAGUACAGUGGCUCGAAGGACGGCGAGCUCGCGAAAGCCAUGGAGCGAGAGUCUAUUGGCUUCUACAUCAACGCGUACACCACGAAGCAGCUGCCGGACAUGCAGGGGGCCCUCGAGGAGCUGCGCAGGGGGAUCGAGCGCCUGGAGGUCAGGCGGGAGGACACGCGGGAGGCCAACAGGAGCGUAGCCGAGAUACUGCAUCCAAUCAUGUUCGACACCAUGACGUACUUCUCGCAUCGCUGCUGGAACAGACGUGGCGCACAGACGUGGCGCAACAAGUUCGGCCAGGCCGUGCGACGCAGACAUAUCCAGGACGGCGGCGGAGUUGGUUCGAGGUAUCUCACCAAAGACAAGCAUUAUUAUCCGCUCGUGGGAUGGGGGCGCGUGCGUCUGGACGGAGGCGCGGAGCUUUACCGGCACCCGGGCGGCGCCGAGUUCUGGGACCUCCAGUCUGCCCACGACUACGACGUGGCCGUGAAGAGCCAGAGCUUGUCGGGGUCUUACAAGGGAGAGCGCAAAGGCGCGGAAAGGAAGUCCAAGGGCAACGAGUUCGAGUUCGACUCGUUCGAGUACCCCUCUCUGUGGGAGACGGAAGAGGUGAUCGCAGCGCAACGCGGCGCCUGGCUGGAUCGCCCUGGCGAGAGCAAGCCGCGCGCCACGGUGAAGCAGUGCGCCGCCAUCGUCGGGCUGCAGGUGGCGCAGAACCUGGGGGGCCUUGCGAGAGCGCGCAUGGAGCACCGCCCGCGCCAGUACCAGUCAGACGCAGCCGUUCACGAGGCGCGCCUCCGCAUGACCGCUGGCGGAGGCGGGGCUGGCGACGAAGGGGCAGGCGACGCGGCGGGCGACCCUCCGGCAGCGCCGCAGCUGAAGAUCGGCACUUUCGAGGAGGCGCCCCUGCUGGGGAUGACGAGUGCCGAGAACCUCAGGAAGACGCUGACCUACGGCCAUAGGGCUCGGCCCAAAUUGUUCGAGAAGGAGCUGCUUGCCCUCCCGCGCAUGGGCUGGAAGGACGCCCUCCCCGACCACUCGCGCGCUGAUCGCCUGUUCGACCAAGGCCGCGGGGAAGCGUGGCGACUGCAAUGCCAGGGUUUGCACGACAGCAUGCCUGACGUCUGGAGCGGAACGGACCACGUGGACAAGCAGAUCCAGAUGCUUAAGUUGCAGGAUCUCGCAUUCCCAGACAAGGCGGCAGGCGGCGAUGAUUCCGACGAGGAGGAGGAGGCGCCCGGGGCGGGAGACGGGAAGGACCCCGAGCCGGCGCACUUCAAGUGGCAGAGCGCCAACAUAGUGCACAAGAGCAGCGGGCGCUUCGGGACGAAGCGCCCGGGCGCAGCCCGCCUCGGCGCGCACCCUUUGGGCGCCGGGCCCGCGCCGGUGCGCGCCGCGGCUCUCCCCGCGAUGGCCUCCAGGCUCGAUGUGCUGUCCAUGAACAAGUACCUCGACAGGGUGGGCAACCACGUCCGCGCCCCCACCCCCACGAUCUCGAGAACCGCGAUCAAGUCCAGCGGGCUGCCGACCGCGGCCGCCCACCUCGGCCCUGGCCACUACAGGCUGGACCGGGAUUUCGUCCUCUACGAGAGGUCGGAAGUGGCGAAAGGCAAGCUCACGACGUGCAGCUCGUCCCCGGCGUUCAAGUUCCCCACUGAGCCGCGGAUAGAGCCGACGUUGACGCUCAAGGGUCUGAUGAAGCAGACUAAGAGUUGGAUCAACGAGUUGGCGCCUGGCGACUACGGCACCCAGGACAGAAGGGACAAGAAGCAGGCGCCUUCGUUUUCGGUGUCGAGGGCGAGGCGCUUCCCAGAGAUGAAGGUGGCGUGGGGCGAACCUGGGCCUGGCGACUACUACGGCCCGUCCGAGGAGAGCAGGAAGCAGUCGCAGGGAGACCUGGAGCAGCUGGCGAGGAGGCACGCCGCCGCCGAGUGGAAGCCGGAGUACACCUCCCCGCACGGCACCGUCUUCCGGUCCAUCCGCGCGCCCGCCCGCCCUGCCAGCCAGGGAGGGGGCAGGCCGUUCAGGUGA